AGCACAUUCCAAUAUUGGCCGUUUCAAACUCGCCCCUCCCCCACUAUUAUUUUUCUUUCUUUCUCCAUACGUACCCCCAUUUUCCUCUCUUCUCAAUUCUUAUCAUCAUUUCCGCUGUCUCCUGUACGGAUUAAAAGAGAAAGGGAUCAUCGGCUUAUCGUUCCGGUUGGUUAUAGUCAUCAAAAAGUGUGAGAUAGAGAGGGAGAGAUGGCCAAUAGAGUGGAUCACGAGUACGAUUAUUUAUUCAAGAUCGUUUUGAUCGGGGACUCCGGAGUCGGAAAAUCUAACAUUCUAUCUAGGUUUACUCGAAAUGAGUUCUGUUUGGAGUCUAAAUCUACCAUCGGAGUUGAGUUUGCAACCCGUACUCUUCAGAUAGAGGGAAAGACAGUCAAGGCACAAAUAUGGGACACUGCAGGACAGGAAAGGUAUAGGGCUAUUACUAGUGCAUACUACAGAGGAGCUGUGGGUGCACUCCUUGUGUACGACAUAACCAAGAGGCAAACUUUUGAUAAUGUCCAAAGGUGGCUUCGGGAAUUGAGGGAUCAUGCUGAUUCUAACAUUGUCAUCAUGAUGGCUGGAAACAAGUCCGACCUUAACCAUCUCAGAGCUGUUCAAGAGAACGAUGGCCAAACUUUGGCUGAGAAGGAAGGACUCUCUUUUCUUGAGACGUCAGCGCUGGAAGCAUAUAACGUGGACAAGGCUUUCCAGACUAUUCUGUCAGAAAUAUAUCACAUUAUAAGCAAGAAAGCAUUGGCUGCCCAGGAAGCGGCUGCCUCCACCGUGACUCCCGGUCAGGGUACCACCAUCAAUGUUAAUGAUUCGUCUGGAAACACAAAGAGGGGUUGUUGUUCUACCUGAGCAUCCUAUUUUCAAGGAACGGAAAGAAAUUUGCUAGCAUGCACAACUUUUCUUCCCCGCUUCUUUUUCAUUCUUUUUUCCCCUUUAUUCUCCCAUUCUUUGGGCAAAAAACGGCUUGUAGAGUACUUCUUACUUCAUUGUGACAGCAAAAAAGAGCUUAAGACUGAUGUUAAAAAGAGUUUAGUCAUUUAGGUGCUCAUUCACAUGAUAUAUUGUAGUUCUUGUGUUAUGGAAUGACUGAUACGGGUGAUAUGUGGCUGAGGCAAAUUAAACACAUGAGGUGGUCAUGUAGGUGUAGCAUUUUUCCUGUAGAUUAACUUCUUGGCUUUCUCUCUUACUUGUAAUAAAUAUAUUUUUGUCUA